AUGGCGGCGCCCUCUUGUUUACGUCCCAGAAUGCACUGCGCAGUGACGUCGGUUGCCAAGCUCUAUAGGGCCGAGCACGAGCUGCACGCUCAGAGGUUGAGUUGGCUGCGUGUGGAGAGCGUUCAUCGGGUUCUGAGAGAAAUCGUCCAGGAGACCCGCUUCAGUAAAGCCUCCAGCGCUCUGACAGCGGAGGACAAGUUCUACAGCACGCUGGAGCAGUGUUUGAUGGUGGCUCAGUGUGUGAAACAGAUGGAGGUCAGCUCUGAUAGCAGUGAAGAUCACAGCGGUGUUCUGGGACUGACUGCAGAAAGAGUCCAGAGACAGAUGCCUCCUGAACAGGAGCUGGUGGAGAUGAAGCAGAGGUUGUCAUCAGAGCUCCUGCAGCAUCUGAAGAAGAAGGCCGUCGGUAUCCUGACGUACUAUCAGCCGGAGCGGGAGAAUGAAAGCGAGGGUCUCAGGAGCGUGAAGCUUUCCAAACUUCCUGAACUGCUGGACGCUGAACAAAAGAGAGCCGAGAGCCUUACAGAGAAAAACCGAGAGAACGUCACGUUACUGCAGCGACAAACACACACGAACCUGUCUGUGAGUCCAGAGAAACACAUUCAUGUCUGCAAGACACCCAAUUCACAUUUCAUGCAAGACACGACAAACUCAGUUAAGAUCUGUUAGUGAUGCAGGCUGUCU